GGGGUUUCCUCCGGGUGUUUUUGGGAAACGAGUUCAGCGCAGCGCUCUGAGCGUCUGUGCUGCAGCUGCUAGGAAGGUGGGACUGUGUCCAAGCUACCCUUCUCAAAACAAAAACCUCAAUAUGCUGGUGAUGUGAAGCUGAGGUGGUGUAGGACAAGUGUCUUUCCUCCCCAGCGAUGUUGUUCUUGCUCAUGCUUGUUUAUAUUUACUUCUUUUUUUAAUCCUGAUACAGCAAUGGAUAUACAUGUGAUUAGGAUGAGUGUCUGAGCAGAUCCAACCUGAAAGGAGUUUUUUUUCUGCAGGGUGUUUUCAGGCCCUGGGGAUGCUUUGGAAUGGCAGCUCUUUAGGCAGACAGUGCAUUUUUUCUUUUUCUUUUUGGAACGUGAUGUUCACAACGGAAGUAUUUUAGUGUGGUAAGAGCUUGUGAAACUCAGUCUCUUAUGAACUGUAAUGUGGCGCAGUAAUGGCAUGUGCUGCGGUCUGCUAUGCACAGGGUGCCGUCAGAUACAUAAAGUUGACUAAGUAGAAGUAAACUUAAAUAUUGUUUCAAAUUUCACAGGGAAGCUCUUUCAGAGUAUCUUUUAAAAUGUGAACGCUUCUCUAAAGUAACACUUAUCUAAUGUUUUGGGAGGGUUGGAUGUGUCUUUGUUGUAGCCGUUUAUGCUUACCAUGAGAGGUAAGCAUAUAAUGUCUUAAAAUGUUACUUCUCUGAGCCUCACUUUCUGAUGUUGUCUGGAAUAUCCAGCUCUUCUAGCUGUACUGAUGUGUAUUGUUCUGUUUGUUUUGUUGUUCUGGGGGGAAGCUGUUUCUCCUAUUUCACACAGUGGUGUGUGAGGAUAGUGGCUGGUACUGGAGACACCUUUUUCCUGCAGGGGAAACUGUGUGGGUGCUUAUGGUAUUGGUUGGUCUUAAGCUGGAUGUCUGGAUGGAUAUUUCUAGCUCAAAGGAGAAAUAACUACAAAAUAGUAUUUUUGCCUUUGUAAGAGGUAGAUGCUUUAAAGUGAAUAUCAAAAAUAUCAUCUUGAUGUUGUUGCCUAACAGGAGCUGUUCAGAGCUCAGAAGGUGUAGUUUUUCAUGACUGAACUUACUGGUGCUUUUUAUGUCUCCCUGGAAGAACUUUUGUGAAACACUGAGUGAAAUUUUGGACUUCUAAAAUGGUGAUUUGGGAAAGAUCACUCAGAUGUCUUCUCGCUUCUGUUGAUGAAGGUGUAAUGAGGACAUUUCGACAUGAGAGGUCUAUUCCUAACUUUAUAGGAAAUACCUAUCAGAUAAAGAUGGCUUUUUGUUUGUUUAAAUUAAAUACAGUUUUAAAAAAAAACAACAAUCUAGCUUCAGCUCUUAGUGGUAUGAUAGGAAUAAUAUCUGCAGCUGAUAUAAGUGUACAGUCUCAACUACUUCUCCACUGGAAAUGGGAAGAAUGGUGAAAUUGGAAGGUUAUGAAGAUGAGGACCAUGAAAGAUGGGACUGCAUGCUUGGAUAGAAAGCCACAAAGAAAACUGACAAACUCAGGGCAGAGGAAAAGGAUGACUUAGAUGUAACAGAGCUCAGUAAUGAAGAUCUUCAAGAGCAGCUUAUGAAGUAUGGAAUAAAUCCUGGCCCAAUUGUAGCUACCACAAGGAAACUUUAUGAGAAAAAGCUGUUGAAACUGAUGGAACAAGGUCCAGAACUGAAGACACCUAUGCCUCUCCCAGUGAUUUCUUCAACUACUGAGAACACCAGACAGAAUGGAAAUAAUGAUUCUGACCAGUACAGUGACAAUGAAGAAGAGCCAAAGACUGAGCUGAGGCUUGAGAAGAGAGAACCUCUGAAAGGCAGGAUGAAGACUCCAGUAACACUCAAACAAAGAAGAGUCGUUGAGCACAACCAGACUUAUUCUCAAGAUGGAGUUACUGAGACUGUCUGGACAAGUGGAUCUUCAAAAAGUGGACCUCUUCAGGCAUUUUCUAGGGAGUCUACAAGAGUGUCAAGAAGAACACCAAGGAAAAGGGUGGAAGCUACAUUACAGUUGCCUGUAGAUGAUGCUGUUAUAUCAGAGAGUACUCCUAUAGCUGAAACUAUAUUGACUGCAAGCAACGAGACCCUAGUUGGCAAUAGGGUGCCUGGAAAUUUCAAGCAUGCAGCUCCUACAUUGUCAAUCAGUGAACCCUCAGACAUGCCCAGAAGAACACCAAAGAAACCACUGAUGACAGCUGAACAAAAAGAGACAGAUUGCCCACACCAAUGCUUGUUUAAUCACAUUGGCCGCAAACACUCCUAUGAUGUGCUCAACACAGCCAUGAUAGAGGAAACUGAGGAGAGCAGUGAAUGCAUUAAGACACCAAAAGUGACCAGACAGCUGCCAAUAAUUAAGGUGCCGGAGAGAACUCAUACAGAAGAACGAAAAGUAGAAAGGGAUAUUCUUAAGGAAAUGUUCCCUUAUGAAGUCUCUACACCUACAGGAAUCAGCGCUAGCUGCCGUAGACCAAUCAAAGGAGCUGCUAGCCGGCCUAUCGAGCACACUGACUUCAAAAUGGAUGAAAGUUUCUUUAAGUAUGCUCCAAAAUACAGUACCUCAAGUGACAUCAAGUCUGAGAAACCUUCAACAAAAAAAGAACGCUCCGUUCCCCUGUGGAUAAAAAUUCUUCUCUUUGUUCUUGUUUCAGUCUUCUUGUUUUCAGUUUAUCAGUCUAUGGAAACUAAUCAAGGAAAUCCUUUCUCUAAAUAUAUUUCUGUGUUCACUCAGGACAGUUCCAAUUGAGUAUCUUUCUGAAAGGCACACCUGAUUUGAUCUCCUGUUUUUAAAUGUAGAGAACUCUCCCGCCCUCUCGUCGGCUCAAGGACUACUCAGAAAUAAUGUGAUUGGAACCUGAUAAAUUGGAUAAAUCAAGCAAACUAAUACUAAAUGGACACUGGUAACUUUCUGGACUUUGGACUAGUAGGAGAUCACUUUGCCAUAGGAGUAACAUUUUUUUUAGGUCUUUGAACUUUUGUAGGCUUUAUUUUUUUAAUGUGGACAUCCUUCAAAUUCAUUUUUGAGAAACUGUAUAUUUGUUUUUGCAGGAACUUGGAGGCUGAGAAGGGCAAAAAUGUACUAAAAUGUGAAGCUGUGUUUUUAAAGCUUUUUCACUGUACAGGAAAGAAGUUGUACUUUUGUCUUGGUAGAUCUUGGAAGAUUACGAAGGGAGGAGGAUUUGUAACAGGUGAAUGAUGGAGAUGCAUUUUUGUAUGCAUUUUUCAGUAACGAAUUAACUGAAUUUGAUCUCUUAGGAUAUAGGGAGAGUACAACAAGCUUUUCUGUAGGUUACUGUAACUUUUUAGUAAAUGUAACUGUAAACCUGUUUGCAUUUCUGUAAAAGUCUUAGUAUCACAAUAGUAACUGUUUAAGUGUAACAUUUAAAUGUAUCACUUCAUUUCAGUGCUUACAGUGUCGUAGGAGUUCAGUAUGAAUUGGCAACAGAUGUCUUAGGAACUUAUUUAUUAGUAAUAUGCGUGGAAAAUAAAAAUUGCAUCAAAUAUAAUUUGCUACUAAAUACUUCUUUGGGGUAAAAGUUGUUAUCUAAGGUAGUCUAAAUUCCAAUUUUUAGCAGUGGUCUUUUUUCUUAAUGUAAGGUCUUUCCAUCACAGCUUUGUGAUUAUCUUUGAAUAUUCAUGUAGAGAGGUAUUCUCCAAGUGUGAAAAUUCCAUAUGAAGUUUUAUUCUUAUAUGAAGAGGGCAUUGCUGCAUUUUCUUCGACAAUUUCAUCUUCUGAGGUGAGAUUUACUACAUUCAUGCAGUUGAGUAUUUUUCUCAGUGGAAGCAUGCUAAAACACUCAAUAUUGUAUAACUUAGUUGAGCAGGCAGCUGACUUCACUACUACCAAUGAGGAGUGAUAAGCAACAACUUUUAAAUUGAAUGUAUUCAUUUUGAUGUGCUUAAAUCUGCAGCAUACAGAUGUUCAGUCUCAUUGCUUCGUACAAAAAUGCAAUAAAGUCAUACUUAUUCUUGAAGUGCUACUUAUGAAAAGCUGAGAACUUUAGUUAAUGGUCUAUUUUUACUAUAGGUACAAUUACUGUGUAGACUAGCUAUGGGAGAACAUUACUUUCUGUGACCUUUGGGACAAAGAUGGUAAUUUGUAGCAAAGCUAUAGGUUUCUUCUGUUAAGAUUUAAUGUUUUUUUUUUUCCUUUUAUCUGCUUUCUGAGUAAUCCAAAUAGCUGAACUUGUGUCCAUCCUAUAGAAAAUUGUAACACAUGACAUUCACUUUUUGGUGUCAAAAUGCAGAAAAAUAAAAAUGAUUUUAAUGUGUGUGAAUUUUCCUUACCAAAAUAAACGCAUUGCUGGAAAGAAGAAAGCAAAAGAAAGACAA